AUGCCGCACCCCCAACGGAUGAAGCCAGAGCAGCACAGCCGUGUACGCCACCCACACCCCCUCCACCAACCGCACCAGACCCCGACACGCGGCCGAAGCAACUCCGCCGCCCCAGCCCCCCGACGCGCACCGGCCGGAGCCACUCCACCCCCCACCUGCCCUGUAGCCACACCAGCCGUGAUCAGCGGGAACAAAGCAGCUCCACCAUGCCUCCAAGUGGGAAAACCCACCCAAAAACCAAAUCAGCGCAGCCAGCCCAUCCACACCAGCCCCCCAACACCACCCCUGCCGGAGUCGCCUAGACCCCCACACACCAGCGGCGCACCACCAGCAGGACCCCCAACCAACGGGGCCGCCCCCCCGAGAAAACAGACAUCCCAACAGGCCCCGAGGCACCCCGGCACACCAGAGGCCUCGGCAGCAGGGACAGACAGCCGGGCGUACACCGGCCCAGACCCCAAGCAGAACCCGAACCCCCGAAACCCAACCGGGGCCCCCGCCCGAGGGCAACGUGCCCCAGGGAUCCCAGACCCACCCCGGACCCACCCAGCAGUAGGGCCGGGCAAUGCCCAAAAACCCCCGGCGCCGGCACCAACACCCCCCACCCUGACACCGGCCCCCGAUUGA